ACUAAUGAGGAUGGGCUCUGCCAGCAAUCACUCCUGCAUCCCACAGCUCCCACGGUGCUGCUGUGGAGAGCUGUGAGAGCGACAGCCAGGAGGAAUAAAAGCCAUUAAGUCCCCCCGUGCCUCCACAGGCAGGGACCCAGGGAGGUGAGCACAGCUUUGGGGUCCCACUGGAGAGGACUCCCCCAGCAGGCUUUCACUGAAGGAUUUUGCUGUUCCUCUGCCUGGUCUCCUCAUGCACAGGUGAACGGAUUUGGCACCCACGGCACUCUCAGACACCCCGAAAGGUUCAUCACGAUGACUGCUGGCCUGGAGAAAGCCUGCCACCGGUGCAUAUCCAAAAUUGCCAGCAAUGCAUUCUUUAUAUUUGGGCUCCUCGCUUUCCUUGCCUUACCUCUGUCCAUGACUUUUGUAGGAAUGAAGUUUUUGGAAGAUUGCCCAGUUCAGCCACUAAUUCCAUUAUAUCUGUUGGUGGGUGGCGUGAUUGGCAGCUUAAAGGUGACUCUCCUGCUGUAUGACUCAACCAGGAUGAGGCAGCUGCUUUCCAAGUCUGUUGUGAUUGAUGAUGAUGAUGACGACGAAUAUCCCUGGAGGCAGAAUGCUCACAAGUACUACAUCCAUCUAACCCUCAGCCUUUUCCUCUUUCUCUGGUUCAUUCUUGGGAACUUCUGGGUUUUUUCUGUGUACCUGCCAAAUUUCAUCCCGCCUUUUCAUCAGCCUCAGGAUUACUGUGACAAAACCCUGUACAUUUUUGCUGUUGGUGUUCUCAUUAUUAGCCAUACUGUUCUGUUUCUCCUUAUCUUUUGUAGCUGCUGCAUAUAUUGUUUUUCCAGGCAAAGAUUCUCUUCUGAGGAAGACUAAAUGUCACAUAAAUAAAGCCCUAGAUGUUUGGGCAAGAGUGUACAACAAAGAAUAGGCAAUAAUACACCCUUAUGUACAUCUUUGUUGUACUAUAUGUAUGUGUGAUAGCAGUCAACUGCAAGAGGAAAAUGUAAAAUAUAGUGCCAUCUGGAAAUAGCUAUGCUGGAACACAGCAUAGUCUAUAUAAAAUUGCUGCUACAAAUGCCAGGGUGCACUCUUGCUAACUUUUGCAUCCCUUUUUUAACUCUUGGAUGUUCUAUCUGGAGCAAGCUCCUGCAGAUGGCAAACUCCUCUAAAACCAGGUCUCCUUAUGUUGUAUAUACGGCACAGUACAGCAUAGUACAUUUUUGCCUGUAAAAGUAGCCAUAUUGUCCUCUUCAUUGGAAUCUGAGCAUCUCCAUAACCUUGCUGAGAUUUGUUCUGUCCCUGCAUUACAUACAGAUGAGGGAGUGAGACAAGGAGACAAAGGGCUGUAUUCAGGCCACUUUGCAUGGUUCAUGGACUUUGACAGUAAGUUAGCUGCUUGCUAGAGAGCAAUUCAGGCCACAGUCAGACCAGCCAGGAAGUAGCCAUGAUAGCAGUACAAACAUGUAUAAAAGGCAGCCUGAAUACGGCCCUCAGGUCUCUUCUAAACUUGGCCUAGAAAGCAUCUAUAUCUAACUUGUGGCAAAAACAGGCAGUAUGAAUAUAUCCAUAUACAUCCAAUACAUCCAAACUGAGGCCAAGGCUGCUUUGCAAGUCUUUGGUAGAAUAUGGUACUGAGCUACUGAAUAUCAGAUUGGUGCUUCAACCAGGGCUCAGCAUUUCCCAAUAUGGGGAGACUCUUCCUCCUACUUUUUCUAUAGCAGUAAUUUGUCAGUACCACACUAACACAAAGAUGACUGUCACACCCUUGUGAUCAAGUCCAUAGAAAAACUCAUGAUGGUAUGUUGGUAUUUUAAAUAUUAAAAAAACCAGUAAGACAUUGGCAGAGAUGUGUUCACUACAGCAUUUCUCUGGUUGUGGCAGGAGCAUACAUUUGAUUUGUUCACCUUGGUGCUGUACAUGUGGAAAUCUAUACUUCAGUGGACAGAUAUAAUGCAAGCAGCUUUUGAGUCAACAACAGUGUCAGCUUUAAAAGUACCAGCAUGCACAGACACAACUGCUUUGUGUCUGUGUAUGCAAUGGAACAAGCCCAGAACUGGUUCUGCUAGACUGUUUUUUCAUGUGUUGAUGAAUGCAGUGUAAAAGUGCUCUUUCUGCUUUCGCUUUUAUGCAUUUCUGUUAAUAUGGUCAAAAUGGAAUGGCUCCCCUCUAGAUGAGCACAAGGGUGGCCCCAGGCACAGGAAGUGGAUGUGUGUUUUAUGUAUUUUUUCUGUUAAAACAUAGCUGAAGCCUAUGUUUUAGAGAAACCUGAGAGGGUUAUACAACGCCUGUGGAAGGGUGAGAUCUGUAAAAGAGCUCAGCAAUAUGCCACAGAUGAAUAGGGUCUGUUCAACCAUCCUUCCUGGGAUUGAGACUGAACACAGUGGGAACCACCUGUCUUCAACCAUGACUAUUUAUCUCACGGGUUGUUGUAUAGGUAACUAGAGCUGCAUUUGGUCCCUAAGGAUUUUAAUUCAGGCCCUGGCUUUAAGAAAUGUUUAUUUCCAGAAAACUAAUCUUAGAAAUAAGGUAGAAUAAAGGGUGAAACAAUCUGUCACGAGGGCAGCAUCAGUGUAGCAUUCCCCUGCUCUGCUUCCCCCUCAGGAGAGGUCACAGUCAGGCUGCCCCUGUUCUGAAACCAACGGAAUAGGAAUUACUAACUCUGCUGGCUGACUUAGGCCAUGCACAGUUGUAUGUAGGGAGAUAUGACCAAUGGAAAACUUUCCUUUUAUUUGUGAGCCUCAGAUUGGACCUGGGAGAAAUCACUGGCUCUGUUUCCCAAAGAGCUGCUCUACUACAUGCUCUCCACUGGCUCUCUAGUGGUACCUUACCUUUCUAAAACAUAACUGCUGCCAAUGGUGAAAUGCUAGAACUCUUUUCCACCCCAAAAACUUCACUGGCUCAGCACUGAGCUCCUGGAUUUCAGUCUUCAGUUCUGAUCUAAGGGAUUUUACCUUCAGUAGAGAGCAUCUUUCAUUCAUUAAGAUACCAAAGUGAUUAAGAGAUUACCUAUCAGCAGGCAUAACUCCAUCCAUCACUCAAACACAGCAAAGCAGCUGUUCAUCAUUACACAUAAAUUUUACCCAGAAGCUUGGAACAGGCAUAAAACUAGAAAAUUAUACUCAGUUGAUAAUGCAAAAGAAAUUUAAAAAGAAAGUAACUCCACCCACAGGACUCCAGUACAUACUUCCUCGUUCUUGCAAAAUGCUGCUAGAAUUAUUCUUAAUCACAAGGAAUUAAAAGCUAAUACUCUUGAUUUAAGUCUGAAUUGAUUCCUGUGUCUCUGUUCAUCUAGUGAUCCCACAGAAAAUGAUGAUGUGCUCCUAGCUGAGCAAAUAUGAGAUCAUUUUAGUUCAGCUCGGAGAAGAAGAGACAUAAGCUAAGUCACAUUCCCUUGUGUUUGCUGUGUGCCUGUGUGAGCAUAGUUACAGCAGCUCAGCACAUGUGCAAUGAUUUACCAAACUUCAGCCACGCGAUUGUAAGGCUGAGGCCUAUGUUUAAUUCAUGGAAGGCUAAGACUGACUGAUUCUCUACAGUCUGACAUGGAGGAUUAAUUCUAUAGAUAAGAGAACCCAGUGCAUCCAUUGACAUCUAGGAAAAGUGCUGCCAAAUCCCAGUGCUAGCGUUCAGUACCUGGUCAGUACAAAUGCAAAAUUAUAGAGGAGGCAAAAGGUAUUUGUGAAAUACAUUGAAGUUAUACAACCGUGCAGAUGUGGAGCAGGGACACCUGGUUUUGGGCAUGUGAUUACAUACAACUGAGUUACAGUGACUUACUAAGUUAGCACUCCUGACACACCAUUGGCAGCAUAGUUUCUCUUGAGUUGCCACAAUGGCAACCUAGACUUAUUAGUUUAGCUGGAGGCACUUGAUCUCACUUUGGGGUAAGCCAGGAACAUGUGCAUGGGCCACAGCACCUUAACUUGCAAGCACCAGCUUUUUAAAUUGCUACUGAUGGUGUUACAGACACAUUCUCAGUCCCUGGAGAAGUAGGCAGGUGUGGGGGAAUUAAGUCAUUACAGCCCAAAGGUCAAGUGGCUGAAAAUACAGUCUACACCUUAAAAUAUUUAGUGUUUUGCCACUAGACUAAAAUUACAAACUGAAAACAUUCUUUUUUUUUUUCACAGUAAUAUAAAUUUCUUAGGAAAACUGAACAAAAUAUAUCCUUAAGCUAAUUAUUAUGAACUCAAACCAGCUGUAACUGUUUCAGUUAAAGCAUCUGCCCUUCUUGAGAAAGAAAGGUCCAUUUCCAGCAUUUAAAGGAAAAAAUGUACAUUAUUUCAAUGAAUUAUAUGGCUUGCUCACCGCUAGUUGUGAGUACUACAGAAAUCUAAUAAUAUAAAGAUACAAAGACAAUUCUGUAUGCACAUACUGACUCUAUACAUAUCAUAAAUGCAAUCAUAGUACUCAUGAAAUAAGUUGCACUUAUUACAGUUUAUUGCCCACAGUAUAUUUGUUCUCCCACUACUCUACCUUCUUUAGCAAUGAGCAUAAUAUUCCAAAGCUCUAAGAGAGCAGCUUCCCACAGCUAUUUUAGAAGCUGCAGACAGACUGGCAAUGUUUUGUUUUGUUCCCUCGUUCCAAAUGUUGAACACAGACAGCUUCUACCUGCUGACCCAAAGAAGAGAGAAAAGAAGAGCAUCAGACAUAUCAAGACCUCAUCUCUUCAGGAGUGGAAAUAGGAAUGUUGUGCUGUCAGAGAAGAUGAUACCUCUCACACAGCACUUGCUCUGAGCUUCAUGAGAUCCCAAGACAUCAGACUCUAAACUACAAGGUGACUGCACAGAAAAAAAAUAAAGAAGCAGAAGCUAUUCUGAGUUGUGCCAAGAGCUGUUUUGAAUGUCUCAGAUCCUGAAAUGUGAAUAGUUGGUGUAAAAGACCCUAAAUGCUUUGACUUUAGAGGCAAAGGGCUAUGAAGGUUAAAACGGUGAUAAACCAGUAUAUAUUGUACAAAAUUCUAAACCAGAUCAGUUUCUGUAAGUUAUCUUGAAUCUUAUCUCUGAGUACUCAUCUUCUCCAUAUUUUAGUUGAUAGGGAUCUUGCAUCACAAUGGGGAGCCAUGUAUGUUCUAUAUAUAAUAUAGAAAGGAUUGUUAUAUCAGGACUGCAGUUUUAAACUGUUGCUUCUUGGUGUAAGUUUCUUCGGGUUCCUGUUUACUACUGGAGUAGAUGAAAGUCCCACAGGUGUUAGCCAUGGGAGGAAAUAGAAGACAUUUUUAGAAAGUACAAUAUUGAGGGAAAAUAAAAAAGGCUGACAAGUGCCGUCUAAUAUUGCAUAGUACAAGAAAACAAAGUAGAAGGAAACUGCUAAAAAGUACAAUGUCAUAUUGCAAGGUUUCUGAACAAAUUGUAUAAAACUCAGAAAUCAUGUAUAUGUGUUUGUAAUACUGAAUUUCUACCAAAUGUCUUAUUUGAAUAAAAAUAAGUGUAAGUGCAUGA